GGUAACUACACGCCCGCUUGCGGGCUGGGAACAUGGCAAGGUACGACGAUUCGCGUUACCCCCUACUUGGCUGCAAUUCUGCGUAACGGUUACCGCCUGAUUGACACGGCUCAGCUCUACGGCGUCGAGCAUGUUGUGGGACGCGCCAUUCGCAAAAGUGAGGUGCCACGCAAUGAGAUCACCGUUACCACAAAGUUCUGGGGUAACCACCAUCACGACGUCGAGUCUGCAUUUAACAUUUCUCUCUCUCUCUCAGCUUGGUUCGGACUACGUCGACGUCUUCUUAAUGCACUGGCCGUGGGCUACAACGUCUGA